CGUUUUUGGUGAUGCUACUGGUAGGUGUGAAAAGUCUCAAGCUCGUAAAACAGUUUGGCAUUUCCCACCAUCGAAGCUUCUGCAAGUUUCGCCUUGCUCUGUCGACUUCCUGCGAUCUACGUAUACCUUCCCAAUUACUUGCAAUUUCAGGGUGUCUUGUAUCUUAUGGUGCUCACCUUCAAGCACUAGUCUUUUGAUCCAUGGCCAAGCCCGAACUUAGUGCUCGGACUGUUCUAGAACCACUGUCAUUCUUCAACCUCUCUGACCACUCUCGUGCACAAGUUACAUCCCUCGCUAUCUACACGGUCUCUGACUCCCAGUGUCUAAUUUACAUUGGGACUCAGUUUGGAGCCCUAUUUUUAUUCUCUGUAAACCCUGGCAAUCCCAAUGAUGAAACCCGGUCUGAUCGUUCCAACAGCCCUUCAGUCCUGCAGAACAUUUCUCUUUUGCGAAAAGUUGUGGUCGGAAAUUCCUCAGUGGAGUCUAUACAAGUAUUUGGUGACAUUGGGAAGCUUUUGGUGCUUUUGGGUGGGUUUUUGUUUACGGUUGAUUCACUUCUGUUGCAGCCUGUGAAGAGAUUGAGUUUCUUGAGAGGAAUUUCUGUUAUCACGAGGAGGUUGCGAAGCAGUGAAUCAGAGUGUUCGAAUUUGUCAGCUCUUAGCAGUUCGUCAGAGUAUACGAGCACAAGUCAGCGAUUUUUGCAAAAGUUGGGAAGUGGGAUCAGAGCAAAUGGCUUGAAAAUGAAAGAAACAGUGCAGCAGCGUGUAGACAAUCAUGUUUUCUCAGUCGUGAUUGGAAAAAGAUUGGUAUUGAUAGAGCUUGUUUUGAUUAAUAGAUUAGGUAAAAGUGACCAAGACAUUGAUGAUGGGUCUUUUGUAAUUCUGAAAGAAAUUCAGUGUAUUGAUGGGGUUAUGGCCAUGGUAUGGCUCAAUGAUUCGAUAAUUGUCAGUACGGUUAAUGGAUAUAGUUUGUUUUCAUGUGUUACGGGACAAAGUGGUGUAAUAUUUUCAUUACCUGAUGGUUCUAGUCUGCCACGACUUAAAUUGUUGUGUAAAGAAUGGAAUUUGCUUUUGUUGGUGGACAAUGUUGGCAUCAUAGCUAAUGCACAUGGGCAGCCAGUUGGUGGUAGCUUGGUGUUCCAUAGUAACCCAGAUUCUAUUGGGGAGAUAACUUCGUAUGUGGUUGUUGCAAGGGAUGGAAAGCUGGAAUUGUACCAUAAGAAAACUGGUACUUGUAUUCAGAUGGUCACUUUUGGUGGCGAAGGGGUAGGAGGGCCAUGCGUUGUUGCAGAUGAGGAAGAUAGAACGGGAAAUCUUGUCGUUGUUGCAACACCCACCAAGGUUGUUUGCUUUCGGAAAUUACCUUCUGAAGAACAGAUUAAAGAUCUAUUGAGAAAAAAAAACUUCAAGGAAGCCAUCUCCUUGGUGGAGGAGCUUGAGUGUGAGGGUGAAUUAUCAAAGGAUAUGCUCUCGUUUGUUCAUGCUCAAGUGGGCUUUCUCUUGCUUUUCGACUUGCAUUUUGAGGAAGCAGUGAAUCACUUUUUGCAGUCUGAGGCCAUGCAGCCUUCUGAAGUAUUUCCAUUCAUAAUGAGAGAUCCAAAUCGAUGGUCACUACUGGUUCCUAGAAACCGCUAUUGGGGUUUGCAUCCUCCCCCUGCGCCUCUGGAAGAUGUUGUAGAUGACGGGUUGUUGGCAAUCCAAAGGGCAAUAUUUCUCAGGAAAGCAGGUGUGGAAACUGUGGUAGAUGAUGCAUUUCUCCUGAAUCCGCCAAGUAGAGAUAAUUUGUUGGAGUCUGCCAUCAAAUCAAUUACUAGGUAUUUGGAGGUUUCUCGUGAGAAAGAGUUGACUCCAUCAGUGAAGGAGGGAGUUGACACUCUAUUAAUGUACCUCUAUAGAGCUUUAAAUAAUGUCUAUGACAUGGAGAAGCUGGCAUCAUCAGCAAAUUCUUGCGUUGUGGAGGAGUUGGAAACUUUGCUAGAUGACUCUGGGCAUUUACGUACACUUGCCUUCCUAUAUGCAAGUAAAGGAAUGAGCUCGAAGGCUCUUGGUAUCUGGCGCAUCUUGGCAAGACAUUAUUCAUCUGGCCUUUGGAAAGACCCCGUCAUGGAGAGUGGCUCACAGGAUGGUGGUACAAAUAUUGUCUCUGGUAAGGAGACUGCUGCAGCUGAGGCAUCAAAGCUUCUUGAGGAGUCUUCUGAUCCAGGGCUUGUUCUACAACAUCUUGGAUGGGUUGCAGACAUCAAUCAGGUUUUUGCAGUUCAGGUUUUAACAUCAGAGAAAAGAGUGAAUCAACUUCCACCAGAUGAAGUUAUUGCAGCUAUUGAUCCAAAGAAGGUAGAAAUUUUCCAAAGGUACCUUCAGUGGUUAAUUGAAGACCAAGAAUCGUAUGACAGUCAGUUCCACACAUUAUAUGCUCUCUCACUGGCCAAGUCAGCAAUUGAAGCUUUUCAAGCAGAAAUUGCUUCUCAAAACCUUGAUCCUGGAAGAAUAGAAGAGACAAACAUUUCUGAUCAUAGGACAAGUUUGAUCUUUCAAAGUCCUGUUCGGGAAAGACUGCAGAUAUUUUUAGAGGCUUCCGACUUGUAUGACCCAGAGGAGGUUCUUGACUUGAUUGAGGGAUCAGAAUUGUGGUCAGAGAAGGCUAUUCUUUAUAAAAAACUAGGGCAAGAGGCAUUGGUGCUCCAAAUUUUGGCCUUGAAGCUGGAAAACAGUGAAGCUGCUGAGCAAUAUUGUGCUGAGAUUGGGAGGCCAGAUGUCUAUAUGCAGUUACUUGAUAUGUAUCUGGAUCCACAAGAUGGUAAAGAGCCUAUGUUUAAAGCAGCUGUACGACUACUUCACAAUCAUGGUGAAUCAUUGGAUCCUUUGCAAGUUUUAGAGAGAUUGUCCCCUGAUAUGCCCCUUCAACUUGCCUCUGAAACUAUAUUAAGAAUGUUGAGAGCUCGGCUUCAUCAUUACCGUCAAGGACGUAUUGUGCAUAAUCUGUCCCGUGCUCUGGAUACUGAUGCAAGUUUAGCAAUAUUGGAGGAAAAGUCGAGGCAUGUGCAGAUCAAUGAUGAAAGCCUUUGUGAUUCUUGUCAUGCACGGCUUGGAACUAAACUUUUUGCUAUGUACCCAGAUGACACCGUAGUCUGUUACAAGUGUUUCCGUCGUCAGGGUGAGUCAACUUCAGUCACUGGUCGCAACUUUAAGCAAGAUGUCCUAGUAAAACCAGGUUGGCUUGUGACCCGAUAAUCCAAAAGAGUUUGUGUGAUAAAUGAAAUUGAAGAUUUGGGGCUGGGCUGCCUUUGAGUUUAUGCUCUAUGGAUUUUCCUUGAGGCUCAGAUUUCAGGUUUUUGACAAAUCCAAAAGUUAUCAUGAAGUGUAUUGCUGAAGUUCUGGGAGUCGAGAUUUUUCCAUCUUUAUAUUGGACUCGGGUCCCAAGUUUGUAAUCAUUCGACCAAAGAAGCUCCAUGUGGCGAGAUUUAUGAUCUUUACACGGAAUACAAGCGUUUCUUGUGCAGUUUUUUGAUCAUUAGCAAGCCCACCUUUGUCAUGGGAAAGAAACUUCAAGCACCAUAUCUUGGUUACCGAUUCAUUUGUGACCCGAUGAAGCUCUAGAGAAACAUGCAGGCGUAGAAGUUUGAGAUGUGACUAGCGAUUUCCUGCUCUAUGGCACCUUACAGCCAGGGCCAGUAAUAAUACUGAGUUUUCAAGAGUCCAAGUUAAAAUCGACAAAUGUUUCUUAGAUACUGUAUAAUUUGAGUUGAGGUGUUGGGAUGCUGCAUUGCAGUCAUGUAUGUAGUCAGAACAUAGACUUCCUGGCUACCCGAUAACUGUCAUAAGGUCAUUGAGAUCUUAUCUGCCACAGGUUAACAAUGUUGUUAUUUUCAAAAAAAUUCGUCAAAUUUUUUUUACGUGUUCCAAAGUACAGUGUACAAAUAACUCAACACAGAAUUUCCAAGACACCAUCAUAAUAAUGGUGGAGUUUAAUACGUAGGCUGUGUUUCCAAAUUUUAA